GGCCAGGGCUACGAGCAGUUCGGGGGACACUGGAGACUUGGGGAACGGGGUAUGGCCUCCCCUUGGUCUCCUGCCGCCGCCUCCUAGGCCUGUGAGCCCGGGGUCUGGUGACGGGGUCGUGUACUGGAAGACAGGCAGGUAGGGUUGGGAUGAGCGGGCAGGGACGCGGGCUACGUCUCUGGCCGCAGCCGCCAGGGGGCGCUGCGCCCGUGGGCCGUGGGUGUGGGUCGCGCUCGCCUGGCCAGGCCGGAGCGGGCUGUGGGAACGCCCUAGGGCCCGGGCAUCCCAGGCGAAGCCCGUCUGAGAGAAGCGCCCACCCGGGAGGCUGUGCAACGGGCGGCUCGGGGCACCAUGCUCAACCCGCAGCGGAGCCGCCAGCGACCUUCGAAGAAUUCUGAUGGGAAACUAAGAGUCUAUGAGCCCUGGAACCUCCACUCAGAGAAGAUGAAGGAUAUUGACAUAGGAAAAGAGUAUAUCAUCCCCAGUCCUGGGUACAGAAGUGUGAGGGAGAGAACCAGCACUUCUGGGCCGCACAGAGACCGCGAAGAUUCCAAGUUCAGGAGAACUCGACCGUUGGAAUGCCAAGAUGCCUUGGAAACAGCCGCCCGAGCCGAAGGCCUCUCUCUGGAUGUCUCCAUGCAUUCUCAGCUCAGAAUCCUGGACGAGGAGCAUCCCAAGGGAAAGUACCACCAUGGCUUGAGUGCUCUGAAGCCCAUCCGGACUACUUCCAAACACCAGCACCCAGUGGACAAUGCUGGGCUUUUUUCCUGUAUGACUUUUUCGUGGCUUUCUUCUCUGGCCCGUGUGGCCCACAAGAAGGGGGAACUCUCAAUGGAAGACGUGUGGUCUCUGUCCAAGCACGAGUCUUCUGACGUGAACUGCAGAAGACUAGAGAGACUGUGGCAAGAAGAACUGAAUGAAGUUGGGCCAGACGCUGCUUCCCUGCGAAGGGUUGUGUGGAUCUUCUGCCGCACCAGGCUCAUCCUGUCCAUCGUGUGCCUGAUGAUCACGCAGCUGGCUGGCUUCAGUGGACCAGCCUUCAUGGUGAAACACCUCUUGGAGUAUACCCAGGCAACAGAGUCUAACCUGCAGUACAGCUUGUUGUUAGUCCUGGGCCUCCUUCUGACAGAAAUCGUGCGGUCUUGGUCGCUUGCACUGACUUGGGCAUUGAAUUACCGAACCGGUGUCCGCUUGCGGGGGGCCAUCCUAACCAUGGCAUUUAAGAAGAUCCUUAAGUUGAAGAACAUUAAAGAGAAAUCCCUGGGUGAGCUCAUCAACAUUUGCUCCAAUGAUGGGCAGAGGAUGUUUGAGGCAGCAGCCGUUGGCAGCCUGCUGGCUGGAGGACCCGUUGUUGCCAUCUUAGGCAUGAUUUAUAAUGUAAUUAUUCUGGGACCAACAGGCUUCCUGGGAUCAGCUGUUUUUAUCCUCUUUUACCCAGCAAUGAUGUUUGCAUCACGGCUCACAGCAUAUUUCAGGAGAAAAUGCGUGGCUGCCACGGAUGAACGUGUCCAGAAGAUGAAUGAAGUUCUUACCUACAUUAAAUUUAUUAAAAUGUAUGCCUGGGUCAAAGCAUUUUCUCAGAGUGUUCAAAAAAUCCGUGAGGAGGAGCGUCGGAUAUUGGAAAAAGCUGGGUACUUCCAGAGCAUCACUGUGGGUGUGGCUCCCAUUGUGGUGGUGAUCGCCAGCGUAGUGACCUUCUCUGUUCAUAUGACCUUGGGCUUCGAUCUGACAGCAGCACAGGCUUUCACGGUGGUGACAGUCUUCAAUUCCAUGACUUUUGCUUUGAAAGUAACACCAUUUUCAGUAAAGUCCCUCUCAGAAGCCUCCGUGGCUGUUGACAGAUUUAAGAGUUUGUUUCUAAUGGAAGAGGUUCACAUGAUAAAGAACAAACCAGCCAGUCCUCACAUCAAGAUAGAGAUGAAAAAUGCCACCUUGGCAUGGGACUCCUCCCACUCCAGUAUCCAGAACUCGCCCAAGCUGACCCCCAAAAUGAAAAAAGACAAGAGGGCUUCCAGGGGCAAGAAAGAGAAGGUGAGGCAGCUGCAGCGCACUGAGCAUCAGGCGGUGCUGGCAGAGCAGAAAGGCCACCUCCUCCUGGACAGUGACGAGCGGCCCAGUCCUGAAGAGGAAGAAGGCAAGCACAUCCACCUGGGUCACCUGCGCUUACAGAGGACGCUGCACAGCAUCGACCUGGAGAUCCAAGAGGGGAAACUGGUUGGAAUCUGCGGCAGUGUAGGAAGUGGAAAAACCUCUCUCAUUUCAGCCAUUUUAGGCCAGAUGACACUUCUAGAGGGCAGCAUUGCCAUCAGUGGAACCUUUGCUUAUGUGGCCCAGCAGGCCUGGAUCCUCAAUGCUACUCUGAGAGACAACAUCCUGUUUGGGAAGGAAUAUGAUGAAGAAAGGUACAAUUCUGUGCUGAACAGCUGCUGCCUGAGGCCUGACCUGGCCAUUCUUCCCAGCAGCGACCUGACGGAGAUUGGAGAGCGAGGAGCCAACCUGAGCGGUGGGCAGCGCCAGAGGAUCAGCCUUGCCCGGGCCUUGUAUAGUGACAGGAGCAUCUACAUCCUGGACGACCCCCUCAGUGCCUUAGAUGCCCAUGUGGGCAACCACAUCUUCAAUAGUGCUAUCCGGAAACAUCUCAAGUCCAAGACAGUUCUGUUUGUUACCCACCAGUUACAGUACCUGGUUGAUUGUGACGAAGUGAUCUUCAUGAAAGAGGGUUGUAUUACGGAAAGAGGCACCCAUGAGGAACUGAUGAAUUUAAAUGGUGACUAUGCUACCAUUUUUAAUAACCUGUUGCUGGGAGAUACACCGCCAGUUGAGAUCAACUCAAAAAAGGAAACCAGUGGUUCACAGAAGAAGUCACAAGACAAGGGUCCUAAAACAGGAUCAGUAAAGAAGGAGAAAGCAGUAAAGCCAGAGGAAGGACAGCUCGUGCAGCUGGAAGAGAAAGGGCAGGGUUCAGUGCCCUGGUCAGUAUAUGGUGUCUACAUCCAGGCUGCUGGAGGCCCCUUGGCAUUCCUGGUUAUUAUGGCCCUUUUCAUGCUGAAUGUAGGCAGCACUGCCUUCAGCACCUGGUGGCUGAGUUACUGGAUCAAGCAAGGAAGUGGGAACACCACUGUGACUCGAGGGAAUGAGACCUCGGUGAGUGACAGCAUGAAGGACAAUCCUCGUAUGCAGUACUAUGCCAGCAUCUACGCCCUCUCCAUGGCAGUCAUGCUGAUCCUGAAAGCCAUUCGAGGAGUUGUCUUUGUCAAGGGCACACUGCGAGCUUCCUCCCGGCUGCAUGAUGAGCUUUUCCGAAGGAUCCUUCGAAGCCCUAUGAAGUUUUUUGACACAACCCCCACAGGGAGGAUUCUCAACAGGUUUUCCAAAGACAUGGAUGAAGUUGAUGUGCGGCUGCCAUUCCAGGCUGAGAUGUUCAUCCAGAACGUUAUCCUGGUGUUCUUCUGCGUGGGAAUGAUCGCAGGAGUCUUCCCGUGGUUCCUUGUGGCAGUGGGGCCCCUCGUCAUCCUCUUUUCAGUCCUGCACAUUGUCUCCAGGGUCCUGAUUCGGGAGCUGAAGCGUCUGGACAAUAUCACGCAGUCACCUUUCCUCUCCCACAUCACGUCCAGCAUACAGGGCCUUGCCACCAUCCACGCCUACAAUAAAGGGCAGGAGUUUCUGCACAGGUACCAGGAGCUGCUGGAUGACAACCAGGCUCCUUUUUUCUUGUUUACGUGUGCGAUGCGGUGGCUGGCUGUGCGGCUGGACCUCAUCAGCAUCGCCCUCAUCACCACCACGGGGCUGAUGAUCGUUCUCAUGCAUGGGCAGAUUCCCCCAGCCUAUGCGGGUCUCGCCAUCUCUUAUGCUGUCCAGUUAACGGGGCUGUUCCAGUUUACGGUCAGACUGGCAUCCGAGACAGAAGCUCGAUUCACCUCGGUGGAGAGGAUCAAUCACUACAUUAAGACUCUCUCCUUGGAAGCACCUGCCAGAAUUAAGAACAAGGCUCCCUCCCCUGACUGGCCCCAGGAGGGAGAGGUGACCUUCGAGAAUGCAGAGAUGAGGUACCGAGAAAACCUCCCUCUCGUCCUGAAGAAAGUAUCCUUCACGAUCAAACCUAAAGAGAAGAUUGGCAUUGUGGGGCGGACAGGAUCCGGGAAGUCCUCGCUGGGGAUGGCCCUCUUCCGUCUGGUGGAGUUAUCUGGAGGCUGCAUCAAGAUUGAUGGAGUGAGAAUCAGUGAUAUUGGCCUUGCCGACCUCCGAAGCAAACUCUCCAUCAUUCCUCAAGAGCCGGUGCUGUUUAGUGGCACUGUCAGAUCAAAUUUGGACCCCUUCAACCAGUACACUGAAGACCAGAUUUGGGAUGCCCUGGAGAGGACACACAUGAAAGAAUGUAUUGCUCAGCUACCUCUGAAACUUGAAUCUGAAGUGAUGGAGAAUGGGGAUAACUUCUCAGUGGGGGAACGGCAGCUUUUGUGCAUAGCAAGAGCCCUGCUCCGCCACUGUAAGAUUCUGAUUUUAGAUGAAGCCACAGCUGCCAUGGACACAGAGACAGACUUAUUGAUUCAAGAGACCAUCAGAGAAGCAUUUGCAGACUGUACCAUGCUGACCAUUGCCCAUCGCCUGCACACGGUUCUAGGCUCCGAUAGGAUUAUGGUGCUGGCCCAGGGACAGGUGGUGGAGUUUGACACCCCAUCGGUCCUUCUGUCCAACGACAGUUCCCGAUUCUAUGCCAUGUUUGCUGCUGCAGAGAACAAGGUCGCUGUCAAGGGCUGACUCCUCCCUGUUGACACAGUCUCUUUUCUUUAGAGCAUUGCCAUUCCCUGCCUGGGGCGGGCCCCUCAUCGCGUCCUCCUACGGAAACCUUGCCUUUCUCGAUUUUAUCUUUCGCACAGCAGUUCCGGAUUGGCUUGUGUGUUUCACUUUUAGGGAGAGUCAUAUUUUGAUUAUUGUAUUUAUUCCAUAUUCAUGUAAACAAAAUUUAGUUUUUGUUCUUAAUUGCACUCUAAAAGGUUCAGGGAACCGUUAUUAUAAUUGUAUCAGAGGCCUAUAAUGAAGCUUUAUACGUGUAGCUAUAUCUAUAUAUAAUUCUGUACAUAGCCUAUAUUUACAGUGAAAAUGUAAGCUGUUUAUUUUAUAUUAAAAUAAGCACUGUGCUAAUAACAGUGCAUAUUCCUUUCUAUCAUUUUUGUACAGUUUGCUGUACUAGAGAUCUGGUUUUGCUAUUAGACUGUAGGAAGGGUAGCAUUUCAUUCUUCUCUAGCUGGUGGUUUCACGGUGCCAGGUUUUCUGGGUGUCCAAAGGAAGACGUGUGGCAACAGUGGGCCCUCCGACAGCCCCCUCUGCCACCUCCCCAUGGCCACUCCGGGGUGGGUGGAGCGGGCUGGGCAGCUGGAGACCAUGCAGAGCGCCGUGAGUUCUCAGGGCUCCUGCCUUCUGUCCUGGUGUCACUUACUGUUUCUGUCAGGAGAGCAGCGGGGCGAAGCCCGGGCCCCUUUUCACUCCCUCCAUUGGGAAUGGGAAUCACAGAGACAUUCCUCCGAGCCAGGGAGUUUCUUUCCUGCCUUUUGUUGUUUCUAAACAAGAAUCAGUCUAUCCACAGAGAGUCCCACUGCCUCAGGUUCCUACAGCUGGCCACUGCACAGAGCUCUCCAGCUCCAAGACCUGUUGGUUCCAAGCCCCGGAGCCAACUGCUGCUUUUUGAGGUGGCGCUUUUUCAUUUGCCUCUUCCCACACCUCCACAGUUCAGUGGCAGGGCUCAGGAUUCCGUGGGUCUGUUUUCCUUUCUCACCGCAGUUGUCGCACAGUCUCUCUCUCUCUCCCCCCAAAGUCUGCAACUUGAAGCAGCUCUUGCUAAUCAGUGUCUCACACUGGCGUAGAAGUUUUUGUACUGUAAAGAGACCUACCUCAGGUUGCUGGUUGCUGUGUGGUUUGGUGUGUUCCCGCAAACCCCCUUUGUGCUGUGGGGCUGGUAGCUCAGGUGGGCGUGGUCACUGCUGUCAUCAGUUGAGUGGUCAGCGUUGCAUGUCGUGACCAACUAGACAUUCUGUCGCCUUAGCAUGUUUGCUGAACACCUUGUGGAAGCAAAAAUCUGAAAAUGUGAAUAAAAUUAUUUUGGAUUUUGUAAAA